AUGCAGCAUCAUCCCUCCUAGUGACAGCACUCAAUGAAGGGCGGGAUGUUAUUAUGGAUGGCACACUCUCCUGGUUACCAUUUGUAGUGCAGACAAUAACUAUGGCCAGAAAUGUCCAUCGUCACCGAUAUCGGAUGGGAGAUGGUUACAAGGUUGGAGAAGAUGGGAAGACAACUGAGAAGUACUGGGAAAAAAUUGACGAAGAACAAGUGCAAGAAGAAGGUAAAAAGAGAAAACCAUACAGAAUAGAGCUGGUUGGGGUCGUUUGUGAUGCCUACCUAGCUGUUAUUAGAGGCAUAAGGAGAGCCAUAAUGUGUAGAAGGGCAGUAAGGGUGAAUUCACAACUGAAAUCACACAAGAGAUUUGCAAACGCAUUUCCAACAUAUAUUCAAUUGGUUGACAAUGCCCGGCUGUACUGCACCAAUGCUUUGGAAGGCCCCCCUAAGAUGAUAGGAUGGAAGGACAAAGACAAGACUUUGCUGGUUGAUCCAGAUGAGAUAGACUGUUUAAAGAGGGUAGCCAGAUUGAAUGAAGAUGCAGAGUCCAUAUAUGAACUUUACAAGCACCCUAACCCUGCUUGUGAAGCUGGGUCCAUCUGGAAAGACAUUGUAUUGUCACCUUCAAGAUUAAAUGUCCAACAGGAGCUCAAGUAUUCUAUCCACAAAGUCAAAAGAUCAAAAUAAGAUGUCAACAGGCCAAGGUGUUGGUAAGUUUCAAACUUGUAGAUGCAUCACCUAAGUUGGAGGCUGAACGAGUUUUCAAACCUCUGCUACAUUUUUGAUCAAGGAUUGUUUACUCAUCACAUGGGAAUUCUCUUAUACAUAAUUACUUUACUAGCUAUGUAACUAUGUUCAGAUCAAGAAACUGAAAUACAACCAUUUAAAUCUU